GACAAGACAGAAACAGAAAGCAUGGAAUAGAGGCAGACAGAAAAUAAAGCUUUAACCUAAUAGAUUCGUACUCCAGUAAAUAAUCUGUAAUUGUAUGUUUAUAUUUUAUCAAACUUAAACGUCGUUUAUCAUAUCAAUAAAAUAAUAAGUUAUUUUAUAACAUAAUCGAUAAUAAUGUCGAAGAGGAAUUCAAGCCAAGACAACAGAAAAGGGUUAAGUGCAUACAGAGGUGAAGAAAGAGAAGACCAUGAAAGAGAUCGAUCACCAUUGAGGCCUGAUGACAGACGUGAAUCAUCCAGAUAUGCUGAAGCUGAUUCGAGAAAACAAAAACUGGCAUUUGGAUUUGGAAAAAAAUCAACAACAACUGAUCAAAAAAAAGGGAUUCAAAUUAAAUUAGGAUCAACUUCUAAACCAGCACCAAGUCCAACUAGUAUACCAAAAACAACAGUGGCUUCGGUAUUUAAUGAUGAUGAUGAUGAUGAUGAACCAGAAGAAAUGCCAGCUGAAGCAAGAAUGAGAAUGAGAAAUAUUGGAAGAGAAACUCCAACAUCUGCAGGACCAAAUUCUUUUGGUAAAACUAAACAAGGAUUUUGUGAUUCUAAAAAAAUAUUUGAGAAAACACUUAAAAAAGCUAUGGAAGAUGCUAAUAAAUGAUUUCUUUGUUAUGGUAUAUUGAUGGCAAUGUAAAUUAUUUUUUAACUCACAAUGUAUUAAUAUCUUUUUUAGUAUUAAACAGUCAA